AUGAGAGAUUUGCCUUUUACUUUAGAUCAAUUAAGAAUUUUAAAAGCUAUUAUCAAAGAAGGAAGUUUUAAAAAGGCAGCCGAUAGCUUAUAUGUUUCACAGCCAGCAAUCAGUCUACAAAUUCAAAAUUUAGAAAAACAAUUAAAUAUACCUUUGUUUGAAAGGACAAAUAAAAAAGCUACUUUAACAGAAGCAGGAAGUUUAUUGUUAAGGUAUGGAGGUAGAAUUUUAGCAUUGUGUGAAGAAACAUGCCGUGCAUUAGAUGAUGUACAAAAUUUGCAAGGAGGUACUUUAGUUAUUGGAGCAAGUCAAACAACAGGUACUUACUUAAUGCCAAGAUUAAUUGGCUUGUUUAGACAAAGAUACCCACGAGUUAAUGUACAAUUACAAGUCCAUUCUACAAGAUUAAUUUCUUGGAGUGUAGCUAAUGGACAAGUAGAUCUAGCUGUUAUUGGUGGAGAAGUUCCGAGUGAACUAAAAGAGAUUUUACAAGUAACAUCAUAUGCAGAAGAUGAACUUGCUUUAAUUUUACCAACGUCACAUAAUUUUUCUAAAUUAUCAGAUAUUCAAAAAGAAGAUUUAUACCGUUUACGUUUUAUUGCUCUAGAUACUCAGUCUACAAUUAGAAAAGUAAUUGAUAAAGUUCUUAAUCAACAUGAUAUAGAUAGUAGUAGAUUUAAAAUAGAGAUGGAGCUUAAUUCAAUAGAAGCUAUUAAGAAUGCAGUACAAUCAGGUUUAGGCGCUGCAUUUGUAUCUGUAUCUGCAAUUGCUAAAGAGCUUGAGCUAGGUAUACUACAUUGGGCAAGAAUUGAAAAUGUUACAAUUAAAAGAAUGUUAUCAAUAAUUGUAAAUCCUAAUCGAUAUAAAUCAAAAGCAGCUGAAACUUUUAGUCAAGAAAUUUUGACUCUAUUUGUAACGCCAUCUUCAGAUAAAAUAUUUAUGGAAAAUUAA